AUGGCGUGGACGGAGGUAAUGAGGAAACCCUUCAGACGCAAGAAGAAAACAAACUUGUUUGAUUUACCCAGCGAUAUCAUCAUCAACAUCCUUCUCAAACUGCCUCUAGAAACACUUUAUCGCCUUCGCUCUGUCUCUAAGACCUUGUUGAACAGACUUGAGGAUCCUCUCUUUGCCACGACGCACACUCGCCUACGUAUUAGUACAAAUGCUGCUGGUGAAGUUCCUCGGCUAAUGCUUGUAUCCAAAAUUAGUAGUGAACGUAUGUUGGAUUACAUACACAUGCAGUCACUAAAAUAUGAUGGCCAAGACUUGACAGCAGAAACCAAGAUUAAUGCAAUUGCCUUGAAAAAUUUGCCCUAUUGGCCAUGGCAUAAUCAUCGUUAUGACAGUCAGAAAUACAGUUUAGAAUUUUGUUACCACGGCUUGUUUUUCUACAAGAAAGAGUCCGAAGGACAGUCACGCUUAUUGCUGUGCGAUCCUCUUCGAGGAGAAAUUCUAAAGCUCCCAACAAUCGACUUUCCAGUUCAAAGUAAGAACGUAGGUUGUUCAUAUGGUAUGGGAUUCGAUAGCAAAACCAACACCCACAAGAUUGUUUGUGUCUCCUCAGAUAUUGAAGGCUGCAAAGAGACUCAGGUUCUUGUAUUAGGAACAGACUCAUGGAAAAAGAUACCCUCUCAGCCUCCUUGUCAUAUAAGUAAGAGACAUAUAUGUGCAUACGGAGAUAUGCAUUGGUUGAUUGAUCUGUUAUUACAAGCAAGAGAUGAUAGACUGCGGAUAGUUUCUUUCGACUUCAAGAAAGAGGAAUUUUAUUGGACUCCCCAUCCUACCUCAGUAUCUAUGGUUGAUGUUCCUUACAUGCAGCUACUUAAUUUCAGAGGAUCUAUCGCCAUUGCGUGUGUUUCAAUGGAGUACUAUCUUAAAAUAUGGGUGUUACCCAAUUAUGAUACCAAAGAUUGGGGACUAGAUUACUCCAUAAAUCUCCGAAUGUUUUCAGAACCUGUGGGUUUCUCAAGACUGUCAUCAUAUAGUCAUAGUUGUGGUGAAUGGGAGCAUGGACUUCGAUUCGAUGUCACGGAGUAUAGUGGAAAUGCCUGUGGUGGUAAUGGUGAAUGUGGUGAGCCUCCAAUCCAAAACACUGCAGAAUGGGGAAACAAGCCACGAAGAUGCACCUCUCAAUUCCUCUGA